AUGGCCUCACUCAUCCCCCGCCGCGUCCUCACGCGAGCUCUCCAUCACGUCUCCCGCAGAGAGCUCGCUGCUCCAUAUAGACAGCAACAAUUUCGAACGGCGGCAACAUAUACAAGUCCACACCAGGCGGCUCAACUGUCAAUCUUGCAGACGACUGUCGAUACAAGCAGCAAUGGCUUCAGGGAAAAUGCUGCAGCAAUGGGAGAAUAUACUGGCCGACUUACGGCUCUUCACGAAAAGGCAUCGCUGGGAGGCCCCGAAAAGUCAAGGCAAAAGCAUGUCCAGCGAGGAAAGCUGCUUGUGAGAGAUCGAAUAACAGCUCUGGUCGAUCCGGGUACCAGCUUCCUGGAAUUGAGUGCUUUGGCUGGACACGACAUGUAUCCUGGCGAGGAUGUGGUGGCUGGUGGCAUUGUCACAGGCAUUGGCACGGUAGAGGGAGUCCAAUGCAUGAUCGUUGCCAACGACAGCACCGUCAAGGGCGGCUCAUACUACCCUGUAACCAUCAAGAAACAUCUUCGAGCACAAGAGAUUGCUCAGCAGAAUCGCCUUCCCUGCAUCUACCUGGUGGACUCUGGCGGUGCAAACUUACCCAACCAAGCAGAUGUCUUCCCAGAUAGAGAUCACUUCGGCCGCAUCUUCUUCAACCAGGCCAACAUGAGCAGUCAGGGAAUCCCCCAGAUCAGCGUUGUCAUGGGCUCAUGUACUGCUGGCGGUGCUUACGUUCCCAGCAUGAGUGACGAGAGCAUUAUUGUUCAGGAGCAAGGCACCAUCUUUUUGGCCGGACCGCCUCUUGUAAAGGCCGCGACAGGAGAGGAAGUCAGCGCCGAAGACUUGGGCGGUGGCAAGCUGCACACCGAAGUCUCUGGCGUGACAGAUUACCUGGCAGUCGAUGAUACUCACGCACUGAUUCUCGCUAGACGGAGCAUCUCCAAUCUCAAUUUCCCCAAAUCUCCAAACCCAUCUCGAAAGCAGGAAUGGAAGGAGCCACUCCACGACCCAGAAGAGCUCGGAGGCAUCGUGGGCACCAAUCUCAAACAGAGCAUCAACAUGCACGAGGUCAUUGCCCGCAUAGUAGAUGGCAGCGAGUUUUCCGAAUUCAAGCCCAGCUACGGCGCAUCCCUCCUCACCGGCUUCGCAACGAUAGAAGGCCACCCUGUCGGCAUCAUCGCCAAUAAUGGAAUUCUCUUCAGCGAGAGUAGUUUGAAGGGAGCUCACUUCAUCCAACUCUGCUGUCAACGUAACAUCCCACUCGUCUUCUUGCAGAAUAUCUCAGGCUUCAUGGUGGGACAAGACGCGGAGAAAGGCGGCAUCGCGAAGAACGGCGCCAAGCUCGUGACUGCUGUCGCAUGCGCUAGCGUCCCAAAGUUCACUGUCCUCGUGGGAUCUUCCGCUGGAGCUGGAAACUAUGGCAUGUGCGGUAGAGCAUACAGUCCCAGAUUCUUGUGGAGCUGGCCGUCGGCGAAGACGAGCGUCAUGGGUGCUGAGCAGCUCAGCAAUGUGAUGGCAGCUGUUGGAAAGAAGGUGGAUCCGGAGCUCAAGGCACGCAUUGAGAGGGAGAGUGAAGUUACGUUCGGCACUGCGAGAUUGUGGGAUGAUGGUGUCAUUCCGCCAUCUCAUACGAGGCGAGUGUUGGGUAUGGGGUUGCAGGCGGCGAUGACGGGGAGUGUUGAGACAAAGGAGACGAAGUUUGGCGUCUUUAGGAUGUGA